ACCACACCAAGGACCAAGCCAUUGUUCCUUCCGGUUCAGCACUACCUCCCUUCUCGCUUCGCUUGCUGGCUUCCUUCGCUGCUGCACUGCAUCCCCUUCCUUUCGCCCCCCAAUGGCGGCCUCGCCUUCCCUCCACGCCCCACGCCUCCUCCCGCUCCUCCCCAACACCCCUACCCCGAUCCCCCCUGCCGCGAGCGUAUGUCCCCCACGGCGAAGCCCGCGCCCGCGCCGGCGCUUCGCGGUGCCGCCGUCGCGGAACGGGAGCUCGGCGGGGACGGACUGGUGCCCCGUGCCGCCGGAGCAGCGGCCCGUGAACGAGUACGAGGCGCUGGCCGCGUCGCUGCCCUUCUCCUGGGCCGCGGGGGACCUGCGGCUCUACUGUUCCCGUCUCGCGGUCACCGGCGCCGCCUUCGCGCUCUUCGUGGGACUCCCCGUCGCGGCUUUCGGCAGCCACGGGGUAUCCGGCGACGGGGUGCACCUCGCGCUCGGGGCCACGGGCUCCGGGAUCAUCGCCGUCACGCUCGCCGUCGUGCGGAUGUACCUCGGAUGGGCUUACGUUGGGAACCGACUGCUCAGCGCCACCGUGGAGUAUGAGGAGACAGGAUGGUACGAUGGGCAGAUAUGGGUUAAAACGCCAGAAGUUUUAGCUCGUGAUCGUCUUCUAGGAUCAUUUUCUGUCAAGCCGGUGCUGAACAGAGUGAAGUUCACCUUGGUGGGUCUGGCGGUGUCCCUGACCCUCUGCAUCAUUCUCUACGUCAACACCGAAAAGCCAAAGGAGCCAUUCGAAAACACCAGCGGAAGGGCCAUCCCUGGGGUGUACAGCGAUACAGCCGCCCGGUCAUUCGAGCCCGACGCAUUCUGCGGAGAACCUGAUAUUGGCGAUCAGUCGUAACACCGCAGUUUGUGGAUGGCGAUAUCUGGAAUUUCGUUCUCUUCCUUUGCAAUGCUAGAAAGGGGAGGAGACAAGAAAAAAGAUGUUGCAGUGGUCAUUGGUGUAUAGUGGAAGGCUAUGGCAAAGAUCUCGUCAUAUUCAUCUCGUCCCUCUAAAUGUAAAUGGUGGGUUUAUUCGUCAGGGUAAUGUAAAUAUAUAUAGAUGUACAUAGUGAUAGCUCAUAGUACAAAAUUCCUCGCCUAAUUUUGGACCCAGUAUUUUCUUUCCA